ACUCCGGGUGGGAUGAAGGAACACGCGAAGAGGAUCGUCUGAACGUCCCGCCAGACUCUGAAAGCUAUUAACAUUGUUUGGGCCGUUAGGGCGGUUGGCGGCAACUCGCCGACCGGCGGCAGUUGCGUCGCACCCCGAAGCGUGCUAGGGCGCACGCUCCCUCUCUUCUCCUCCACUCAGAGAGCGGGGUACGCGGCGGGCGGUGGAACUACAACUCCCGCCAGGCCUUGCGCGUCCAGGGCGCUUUACAAUAGAAGCUCGGUUGGCAAGGUCUGUGGAGAGGUGCCGGAACUGCCGUUUCCGGCCUGUUCAGCUCUAUGAGAAGGACGGAUCUGCGGAGGGCGGGGGAGAGACUCCAAUGCCCAGCGGGCCCUGCGCGGGCGGCGCUUGCGCGAACCGCGGACGGGGGGGCGGUCGGGCCAUUUAAAUGUGUGUUUGUGGGUGAAAUGGCUGCGCAGGUCGGAGCGGUUCGCUUAGUACGGGCGGUGGCGGCGCAGGAGGAGCCGGACAAAGAAGGGAAGGAGAAACCCCAUGUUGGGGUCUCGCCGCGGGGAGUGAAGCGGCAACGUCGGGCUAGCAGCGGGGGUUCUCAGGAGAAGCGGGGGCGGCCGAGCCAGGACCCCCCUCUUGCUCCCCCUCAUCGGCGGCGUCGCAGCCGCCAACAUCCCGGGCCGCUGCCAUCAACGAAUGCCGCCCCAACCGUCCCGGGCCCCGUUGAGCCUCUGCUCUUGCCACCUCCGCCGCCACCGUCGCUGGCGCCCGCCGGGCCCGCUGUCGCUGCCCCGCUCCCGGCCUCCGGCACCUCGGCCCUCUUCACCUUCUCGCCCCUGACGGUGAGCGCGGCUGGGCCCAAGCAUAAGGGCCACAAGGAGCGGCACAAGCACCAUCACCACCGCGGCUCCGAUGGUGACCCCGGCGCCUGCGUUCCGGGCGAUCUCAAGCACAAGGACAAGCAGGAAAACGGCGAGAGGAGCGGAGGGGUGCCUCUGAUCAAGGCCCCCAAGAGAGAAACAGCAGAUGAAAAUGGUAAAACCCAGAGAGCUGAUGAUUUUGUCUUGAAGAAAAUAAAGAAGAAAAAGAAAAAGAAACACCGAGAAGACAUGCGAGGAAGACGCCUUAAAAUGUACAAUAAGGAAGUACAAACCGUCUGUGCUGGCCUGACCCGCAUCAGCAAAGAAAUUCUCACCCAAGGACAGCUAAAUAACACUUCAGGAGUUAAUAAGGAGUCCUUCAGAUAUCUGAAGGAUGAACAGCUGUGCAGAUUAAAUUUGGGCAUGCAAGAAUAUCGGGUGCCCCAGGGAGUACAGACACCUUUUACAACGCACCAAGAACACUCUAUUCGCAGAAAUUUCUUAAAAACAGGUACUAAAUUUAGCAACUUUAUCCAUGAAGAACACCAGUCCAAUGGUGGUGCUCUUGUCCUUCAUGCUUACAUGGACGAACUCUCAUUUUUGUCUCCAAUGGAGAUGGAGAGAUUUUCUGAGGAGUUUCUUGCUUUGACAUUCAGUGAAAAUGAGAAAAAUGCUGCCUACUAUGCUUUAGCAAUAGUGCAUGGAGCGGCUGCUUAUCUCCCAGACUUCUUGGACUACUUUGCUUUUAAUUUUCCCAACACUCCAGUGAAAAUGGAAAUUUUGGGCAAGAAAGAUAUUGAGACAACCACCAUUUCAAAUUUUCACACUCAGGUCAACAGGACAUACUGCUGUGGUACCUACCGAGCAGGUCCUAUGCGGCAGAUAAGUCUUGUUGGAGCAGUCGAUGAAGAAGUUGGUGAUUAUUUCCCAGAGUUCCUUGAUAUGUUAGAAGAAUCACCAUUUCUGAAAAUGACUUUGCCCUGGGGUACACUUUCCAGCCUCCAACUACAGUGUAGGUCUCAGAGUGAUGAUGGGCCUAUAAUGUGGGUGAGACCAGGAGAACAAAUGAUCCCUACAGCAGAUAUGCCAAAGUCACCCUUCAAAAGACGACGAUCAAUGAAUGAAAUUAAAAAUCUCCAGUACCUACCUCGGACAAGUGAACCCCGAGAAGUCCUCUUUGAAGACAGGACAAGAGCUCAUGCUGAUCAUGUAGGUCAGGGGUUUGACUGGCAGAGUACGGCUGCUGUUGGGGUUUUGAAGGCUGUACAAUUUGGUGAAUGGAGUGACCAACCUCGCAUAACCAAAGAUGUGAUUUGUUUUCAUGCUGAGGACUUUACUGAUGUUGUACAGAGACUCCAGUUAGACCUUCAUGAACCUCCAGUUUCCCAGUGUGUACAGUGGGUGGAUGAAGCAAAAUUAAACCAAAUGAGGCGAGAAGGAAUUCGCUAUGCUAGAAUUCAGCUUUGCGACAAUGAUAUCUACUUCAUCCCUAGAAAUGUCAUUCAUCAGUUCAAAACAGUGUCAGCAGUAUGCAGCUUAGCCUGGCAUAUAAGGCUUAAGCAGUACCACCCUGUUGUGGAAGCCACUCAAAAUACAGACAGCAAUUCCAACAUGGACUGUGGUUUACCUGGAAAGAGGGAAUUAGAAGUUGACUCCCAGUGUGUGAGAAUAAAAACUGAACCUGAGGAAACGUGCAGAGAGAUGCAGCUUUUGACAAGUGCUCCACCGUCUUUCCCACCUCCAUCAGAGCUUCAUCUACAGGAUCUGAAGACUCAGCCUGUUCCAGUUUUCAAGGUGGAAAGUAGACUGGACUCUGAACAGCAACACAGUCUGCAGGAACAUCCAAGCACUCCUGUGUAAUAUAUCCGAUUUCCCCAUCUCCCACUUGCCAUCCAGCAGAUGCCAUCUGUCAUCUAAGCUGGUCAUUACUUAUAAACAAGGAGACUGUCUCCUGACAGCCAGCACUGUGUGUAAUCACUCAGGAACCAGCGGAUCUGCAAAGACCUACAAUCAAAUGCAAAUCUCCAUUUUCCUUUUACAAAAGUCUACCCUCACCUCCAGGAUAAACAUAUUAAAAGAAUAUAAAAAUGUUGAAAAUCAUGUGCUAAUGAAGUCUCAUUGUAUAUUAGAUUACAAUAGAAUGGAAAGAAACAUUUAGCUAGUAAUGUAUCUGGAAACUCUGAAUGUCCUAUGUGAGUAUUAGAUUUUGAUAGCAUGCUUUAAAGACUGAUGAAUAUAAAAGCAGAAGUUUUGAGUUUCUUGCUGCUUUCAAAACUGUCCUAGUUGAGCGAUACAAAUGAUUACAACUUUUCUAAAUCAUUAAACUAUUUGGUUUGGUGGAGUGAGGCAUGGAGCAGUCUGGCAUCCUCUGAUUUGUAAAGUAGCGAUGGCAGUGAAGUUGUAACUAAACUGAUCUUCCUUUCUGGUACGUUAUCUGUUGUGCCAACCCUUGAGAUUACUUGCAGAACGUGACUAUAUGUUUUAGUACUUCGUGGAUCAGAGGGAUAUUUAAAAAUAUGCUUAUGGAAAGGACCUAAUAAACAAAUAUUCCUAACAGCAAAUAUAAUGAUUUUAUGGUAACCAUUAAAAAGCAUAAAAGUCUUCCCCUUCCCCAGAGGUCAUUCUGUACUUAUCAAGACAGGCUAGGAGUUAGGGUUACAAUUCUGAGAGGUGUCCCAAAUUCAUAAAGCAAUAAUAAUAACCUCCAUAUUGGUUCCCUCUUCCAAAGUUUAACUCUUGAAAAAUGAAUUCUUAGGCUUAACUGUUCUUGCUUAUUAAGUACUCAAAAGUUUUACUGAUACAUUAUUUUUACUUAAAGACUUUUAGAAAGUGCCCUGUCCCCUCACAUAGUUGAGCUAUCAGUUCACUAAUACUACAAGCUCUUGUAUGGGGAAAGGAGCUUAUUAAAUCAUUUGCUGAUCUUUAGGAAAAGAUGUAUCAGUCUUAACAGGCAUAAAGAUCUCACCUAAUGACUUGAGAAACUUUUGCUUAUUGCUUUUCCAUGUAUAAAUGUUGUCUAGAAGGAGAGUUAAUAUAGGAACAAGACUCAAAUUCAUGAAAACAUAUUCCUAGUGAAUAUAUCCUUUAUCAUUAAUAUUAGCCCAUUAUAUUUUCAUCUGUAUUUGCCUUUAACCUUUUUUUGUAUUUAUUGAGGAUAAUUAGGAUUACUGAAUCUGUGUCUUUCUAAUAAGUCUCUGUCACCCUUUUAGUAGCACAUGCCAGAGGUUCACAUUUGUGUUAAGUUUCAUGUUUUCAUGACAGUCUGUAGCUGUACUUAACUGGUCAUGCAAGUAGAGGAGAUGCACACCACCAGUGAUUUUCUUAAGUGCAUAAAGGACUUAUCCUCAUCCCGGAAGUCUGUUGCUUUAAAAGCAAGUAUCCAUAAAUAUUAUGGCCUUCCAUUUUAAAAAUCUUCAUAAAUUUUCUAGGAUCCACUCGUGCAUGUAGUUGAGACCAUUGUCUCUUAAAAUAUAGCACUUUUCAAUUCUCUCUAAAGAAAAUACUUAUGUACUACUUCUAUCCAUGUUGUAAAUUUUCAUGUAAUAGUGUUUUCUGUGACUAAACUUCAUUUUGAUUGGCAGCUAAGACUUUUUUUCCUGUGGCUUUAAUUUAUCUAAGAGGUCUUUGCAUAUAGAUGAAAUGUAUAAUUUGCCUGGCGGACUAUUUGCGUUUGUGUGGCCUUAGUUUGUUUAUUGACAUUAACAAGUGUUUUAAAAGGUUUUUAAUGAAUAGUCUUAAAUCUAAAUUUGUGUGAAUAAUCCUUUUAACACAGUGCUUUUUUGUAGCUGUCUUAAGUGUGUUAAAUUGUUAAGCUAUUUCUUUGUAAAAUAGGACAAUGGAAUGCAUAGUUUUUUUUUCCCUGUAAAGUAUUUUUUUAAUAAACAAAGUCUGAUUUGUCCUUUA